GUACCAUAAUAAAAUAUAUCUGAUUAAGCGACAUUUAGCCGUAGUAUUUUCAUGAUAUAUCAACAUUUUUCCUACCUCUGGCUGUUCAAAAUAUACUGGAGUUUGUAUUGUACAGAGUUGACAAUCGGAGGAGCUGCAGCGAAGAAUUAUGAUCUGGAGGUGUGGUUUCCUGCCACAGGGAAAUCGAUCAAAGUAAGCAUCCAUCUCGAUCGAUAUCCUCUUGGUGAGAUUGGUGGUGCAUGCUUGGCAAUCAGAGUUCAUGGCAUCCAAGGAAGAGCCAGCCACUGGAAGUUCUCCUGGAAAGCAUCGAGAUUGCUGUCACAGGACACGUGGUCGACGCGGUCGCGAAGUAGAGCACCCAUUUUCAUGAAAAAUCGAAAGCAUAUGCGCUUUCAAGGCAAGGGAUCUAGGGCUCCUGGGGAAUUGAAUGUGGUGGAAAUGGGGGCAAUGGAGCAUUCGCCGGCGGUUCGCGCGUCUCCAUAGCAGCCACGCAGAAGCGCCGUCCACGAAUCAAACCGAUCACUUCGAAGAAACCAAGCAAAUCUACACGGCCAAGCUCCGCGACUGCACCAAUUCCAGAUCCCUGCCCCAGGCCCGGCGCCUCCACGCGGAGAUCUCCUCGAUCGGCCUCAUCCGCGACCAUUUCGUGGCCAAUCUGGUGAUCCACAUGUAUGGCCGCUGCGGCGACAUCGCCAGCGCGCGCGAGAUCUUCGACUCCAUGCCCCGGAGGAACCGAUUCUCGUGGUCGAUCAUGAUCGGUGCAUAUGCCCAGACCGGGCAUGGCCGCGACGCGCUGGAGCUCUUCCAGCGCAUGGGCCGGGAGGGUGUCCGCCCCAGCAGCGUCACAUUCGUGGUGCUGCUCAGCGUGUGCGCUGAUCUGGGCGGCGCCGCGCUGGGCGAGGGCCGAGCCAUCCACGCCAAGAUCAUCGCUGACGGCCUCGCCGCGGAUCCCAUCCUCUGCAACAAUCUCGUCAACAUGUAUGGCAAGUGUGGCAGCCUGCGCGACGCCAAAGAGAUCUUCGAGAGCUUCUCGUCCGGGAGGGACGUGGUGGCGUGGACCGCGAUGAUCCAGGCGUAUGCCCAGCUCGGGCACAGCGCCGCCGCCCUGGAGCUCUUCUGGGCGAUGGUCGAGGCCGGCGAGGCGAGGCCCAACCGCGUCACCUUCAUCACCGCGCUGGGCGCGUGCUCCAAUCUCCACGAUCUGGAAGAGGGCCGGAAGAUCCAUCGCUACAUCGAUCGCUACGAAGAAGAGGAGAGGAGCGAUGUUCUCGUCGCCACCGCGCUGAUCAACAUGUAUGGCAAGUGUGGCAGCGUCGAGGACGCGCGAGAGAUCUUCCAGGGGAUCCCAAAGAGGGACGUGAUCGCCUGGAACGCGAUCAUCGCAGCAAAUGCCCAGCUCGGGCACGGCAAGGAGGCGCUGGAGCUCCUCCAGCGGAUGGAUCUCGAGGGGGUCCGCCCCAACCAGGUGAGCUUCGUGAGCGCCCUCGACGGCUGCGCGAGCAUCGGCGCGCUGGCGGAGGGGCGAUCGAUCCACGCGCGCGUCCGGGCGUCGCGGAGUCUCGCGAGCACGACGCUAGGCAACACGCUCAUCCACAUGUAUGGCAAAUGCGGGAGCCUGGCGGGCGCCCGGGUGGCGUUCGAGGAGAUGGGCGGCGCCGCCGCGCCGCGCGACGCGGUGUCGUGGGCGGCGCUGGUGGCGGCGUACGCGCGGCACGGCCUUUCCCGCGCGGCGCGCGAGGUCUUCGAGAGGAUGGCGUGGGAGGGCGUGCAGCCGUCGGGCGUCGCGUUUGUGAGCAUCCUGGCGGCGUGCAGCCACGGCGGGCUCUUGCUGCCCAGCCGGAGCUACUUCCUGGCCAUGAGCGGCGACCACGGCAUCGCGCCCUCGAUGGAGCACUACGGCUGCGUGAUCGAUCUGCUAGGCCGGCUGGGGAUGAUGGAGGAGCUCAUGGAUCUCAUCGCCGCUAUGCCGUUCGAGCCGGGGGGGAUCGAGUGGCGGAAUGUGCUGGGCGCUUGCAGGACGCAGUCGGAUGUGGAGAAUGGAUCCGACGCCGCCGAGAUUGCGAGGGAGCUGGAGCCCGAGCACGCCGCAGCCUAUGUAAUGCUCUUCGGACUUUACAGCACGGAAGAACCCUAAUUUCCUGGGAA